CGUAGCAAUGCAUCCGGCUAUCAUAGUUACCCCGUCGCUGUCGAACUGCAAACAGCGCAUCGUGGUUGGCACUGUCGUGACGUAUAAUGGGAGUGCUACCACCGCAGCGCAAUGAAGAUCGAGCUAUGGCUUGGGAAGGCGGCGGGGAUGCCGUUGUCCCUACCGUCGUGGAGAAUCAUGGGACUUCAGGAUCGAGCAAGAAGUCGAAAGAACGGCACCUGCGAAAGCGAGAGCCGAUCAGAGAGGAGGAAGAGAACGGAAGCUCAGAUGACGAACCGAGAGGGAGACGGGAGGAGAAGGAUAGAGGGGAUGGAGAAGGGGGGAGGGUAAGCAAGGAAAGAGAAAGAGGGAAGCAUCGGAGUAGCAAGAACGGGGAGGGUGGCGAGAAGGAGAGGAGCAGCAGGAAAGACGAAGAGCGAUGGCGCGAAAGGAAAGUAGAGAAAGAGCGGGACAGGGAUCGGGAGAGGGAAAGGGAGCGCGAUCGAGAGAAAGACAGAGGAGAGCGCGAUAGGGAGAGGGAGAGAGACAGGAGAGAAAAGGAUAAGGAUAGGGAAAGAGACAGGGAUAGAGAGAGAGAGAAGCGUGAGCGAUUGCGCGACAAGCAUGGGGAAGAUUGGGACAGAGAAAGGGACCGGGAUCGGGAGAGGGAGAAGGAGAAGAAGAGGGAGAGAGAAAAAGAGAGGGAGAAGGAGAGGGAGAGGGAAAAGGAGAGGGAGAAGGAAAAGGAGAGGGAAAGGGAGAAGGAGAGGGAGAGGGAGAAGGAGAGGGAGAGGGAGAGGGAGAGGGAAAAAGAGAGGGAGAGGGAAAAGGAGAGGGAGAGGGAAAAGGAAAGGGAAAGGGAGAGAGAAAAGGAGAGGGAGAGAGAAAAGGAAAGGGAAAGGGAGAGGGAGAAGGAGAGGGAGAGAGAAAAAGAGAGGGAGAGGGAGAAGGAGAAGGUGAGGGAGCGGGAGAAAGAGAAGGAGAGGAAAGGCCGUGAGAAGAGGGAAAGGGAGGAUGAAGAGGAAAGGGAGAGAGAGCGCGACAAGAGACAGAGAAAAGAGAGCGAUGGCGUGCCAGAAAAGAAGGCGGACGCGGCAAAGAAAGGUGGAGGGGGAGAGAAGGUGGAGGGUGAGAGAGACGAGCAGGCCAAAUUGGAUGACGAGAUGGAAAAGCGGCGCCGACGAGUAAUGGAAUGGCAGGAACUAAGGAGGAAGAAGGAGGAGGAAGAGCUGAAGAAGAAGGAGGGCGAGCAGAUAGCAGAACAGCCGAGACCACCAGUGAAGGCUAAGCAGUGGACGAAGGGGGGGGCGAAGGUGGAAACCAGGGCGGCGGCAGCGAAUGGAGUGGUGUCGGACGACGGAGCGACGGCGAUGGAGGUAGACGGAACAGCAGCAGCAGGAUCAGUCGGAGGGGGAGGGGGAAAGGAGGGCGUCAAGAGGGGCGAGGGUACAGUGUCAAGGGGAGCGGAGGGGAGGAAGACGGACGACGAAGAAGACAGCGAUGACGGCAAUGUGAAGAUGGGGGAGAAGGCGGCGGAGGGUAUGGAUGAAGAGGAGGAGAUUGAUCCGUUGGAUGCAUUCAUGGCGGCGGAGAUCGAUCCCGUAGUUAAGGGAUUAGAGAAGGAGAAGGAGAAGGAGCAGCAGGGGGUUGCCAUGGGAGAAGGCCAGCAGCCACGGAGCACAGGCAACUUCCUCAGGUCAGCUGGCCCAUCGACGUCGUCAAUGUCGUCCGGUCUGUCAGGGAGAGGGAUGGGUUCCGUGGGCGUGCGAGGAGUGAAGAGCGGCGGCUUCGUUCCAGGGGGGCCGGCGGCGACGGCGGAUGCCAACGGUGUUGGACGAGGUGUAAUGAAGAAAGCCGUGGGUGUUAAGCACACUGCUUCUGCUGGUGGGCUCGCAGGAGGGAAGAGGAAGGUCGCCGGUGGAGGAGGAGGAGGAGGAACGGCGGGGAGAGUGGUGAUGGGGGUGGACGGUUCUUCGGACGAGGAUUACGGCGAUUUGUCUGAGGAGGAGGAGGAGGAGGAAGAAGAGAACGAUGAAGAUUUCAUCAAGAGGGCGAAGAAGAGCAAAGCUGAGAAGCUGGCUGUUGUUGAUCACUCUAAGGUGGAGUACGCUCCCUUCAGAAAGAAUUUCUACAUCGAAGUGAAGGAGGUGGCGAAGAUGACGGCGGAGGAGGUGACAGCAUACAGAAAGGAUCUGGAACUCAAGAUGCGUGGCAAGGAUAUCCCAAAGCCCAUCAAGUCGUGGAAUCAAACAGGACUAAGUUUUAAAGUCUUGGAGGUAAUUAAGAGAUUAGGGUUCGAGAGGCCGAUGUCGAUACAGGCGCAGGCUUUGCCGGUGAUAAUGAGUGGCAGAGAUUGCAUCGGGAUCGCGAAGACGGGAUCGGGGAAGACGAUGGCAUUCGUGCUGCCGAUGCUUAGGCAUAUCAUGGACCAGACGCCGUUGGGUGUCGGGGAUGGUCCAAUAGGAUUGAUUAUGGCGCCGACGAGAGAGCUGGUGCAGCAAAUAUAUAACGACGUCAAGAAGUUCACCAAGGUCUUAGGGUUGACCUGCGUUCCCGUAUACGGGGGCUCGGGGGUGGCCCAACAGAUCAGCGACUUGAAGAGGGGGGCGGAAAUCGUCGUCUGCACGCCGGGAAGAAUGAUUGACAUUCUGUGCACGAGCGCGGGGAAGAUUACCAACCUGAGACGAGUGACGUACUUGGUGCUGGACGAAGCGGAUCGGAUGUUUGACCUGGGAUUUGAGCCGCAGAUCACUCGCAUUGUUCAGAACACAAGGCCCGACAGGCAGACGGUGCUGUUCUCGGCGACGUUCCCCCGCCAAGUGGAAGCCCUCGCGCAAAAGGUGCUCAACAAGCCGGUCGGGAUCCAGGUGGGCGGGAGGAGUGUGGUGAACUCAGACAUCUCGCAGACCGUUGAGAUUAGAGCGGACUCGGAACGGUUCUUGAGGUUGUUGGAACUGCUGGGGGAGUGGUACGAGAAGGGGAAGAUCUUGGUGUUCGUCCAUUCGCAGGAGAAGUGCGACAACAUAUUCAAGGAGUUGAUGAAGGUUGGGUACCCGUGUUUGUCGCUGCAUGGGGCCAAGGAUCAGACGGACAGAGAGUCCACGAUAUCGGACUUCAAGUCGAACGUGUGUAACCUGUUGAUUGCGACGAGCGUGGCGGCGAGAGGGCUGGACGUGAAGGAGCUGGAACUUGUGGUCAAUUACGACGUGCCGAAUCAUUAUGAGGAUUACGUGCAUAGAGUGGGGAGAACGGGGAGGGCGGGGAGGAAGGGGACGGCGGUGACCUUUAUCUCGCCGGAGGAGGAGAGGUUCGCGCCGGACUUGAUGAAGGCGUUGGAGUUGUCGCAGCAACCGAUUCCAGAGGAUCUGAAGCGACUGGCAGAUGUGUUCUUGUCGAAGGUGAAGCAGGGGACGGAGCACGUGCACGGCAGCGGAUAUGGCGGCAGCGGUUUCAAGUUUAACGAAGAGGAGGAGGAGUCGAGAAAGGCGGUGAGGAAGGCGCAGGCGAAGGAGUACGGUUACGUAGACGAGGAGAACGGCGACUCCGAGAGUGAAGACGACGGGGUGCACAAGGCGGGAGGGCAGUCGGCGGCCGCCGCGGCGGCGGCCGCGCAAGCCGCCGCCGCGGCGGCUGCCAAGGUGGCGGCGGCGGCCGCCGCCGCCACGCAGCGAACCUCGGCGGCGCCGCAGGUCGUCGCCGCCGUCGCGGCGGGCAAUCCCGCCCUGCAGGCGGCGCUUGCCCUCGCGCAGCAAGCGGCGGAGAAAAUCGCCGCGCGCUUGCCCACCUCCGCCGUCGUCGUCCCGCCUGUUAUGCCGGGCAUCGUCACCUCCGUGGGCACCAUGAACAAUCCGAUGACCGCUGGCGCAGCCAAGGCGGCAGCCAUAGCCGCCGCCAUGAACAUUCAGCAGAGCUUGGCAAAGAUCCAGGCGGAGGCUGCCAUACCCGAGCACUACGAGGCAGAACUGGAAAUCAACGACUUCCCACAGCAUGCGAGGUGGAAGGUCACUCAUAAGGACUCGCUUUCGCAGAUCAGCGAAUGGACGGGCGCAGCCAUUACCACAAGAGGACAGUUUUUCCCGCCUGGAAAAGUCCCGGCGCCUGGGGAGAGGAAGCUGUACUUGUUCAUCGAAGGGCCAACGGAGAGCGCCGUGAAGAAGGCAAAGGCGGAAGUCAAGAGGAUCUUGGAUGAAACCACUUCCUCUGCCACGGCAUUGCCAGGCCAACAGCCUGGAAAGUAUUCCGUGCUGUAAUAGUAAUGGUCCUACUACUACUACUACUACGACUACGACUACUACCAGGCGAGAGAGAGGGAGGGAGAACUGCCACUGCUUGUCUGUCAACGGAUCUGGUCGUUUUGUCGGCGUUGUUCUUGACGGACGGGCCGCAUCGUUCUGGGACACGAGAGAGGAGAGAGAGAGAGGUACGGAGAGAGAAAAGGUGGAGCUGGGCGCUUCGUCUUUGUCUUGCUGCUUGUUUCACAUCCUUCGCCUCUUGUCAUCUCUCCACACGCUUUUGUCGUCGUCGGACUCUGCUUUCUUUCUUGCCUGCUCUUCAUCGUUGGUCAAACCAUCAGGCGAAAAAGAGGGGGGGGGCGGAGGGGGGAAGGAAAGGAUUUACGUCGACAUUCAGCUAUGCUCAAGAAAGCAACAAGGAAGGUGGUCACCGUUUGCAGAUUGUCGGGAUUCUGUUGGAGUGUAUCGUGUCGUAUGCUGAUGUCGAUUGGAUGGACUGGAGAAAGUAGUGGUGAGGAGUAUCGACUUUUGGGAAAAGAGAUUGUUGAAACUCCUUGAAGGACAUCGCGUGGGUAGUUUCCUAUUGUAGAAGGUAAAAGAGAAAUGGCUAGCUGGACAAUUUUAAUGUGUCCAUUAGACUGGUGAGUGGUGGUUAUCCUUUGUGUGUGUGUGUGUGUCUCUGUGUGCGUGUGUGUGCGUGCGUGCGUGUGUGUGUGUGUGUGUGUGUGUGUGUGUGUGUGUGUGUGUGCAAAUGGCUGACGAUUCCUAGCCUGCUCUGUUUUUCGUUGUGAGCUUUGUAAUUUUGAGACCAAGUUUGACAGAUAAGGUUAUAGGUUAACGGAGAGAUUGGUGGUAUCAGUAUUUUGGAGUAGAUUAGCAGUAGAGUGUUAUUGCUUGUUCUGCCGCUUGGGCUCACCUUAUUUGCUAGGGUUUAUGAGAUGUUCACGGGUGUAAAAACAAGCCUGUUUUGGGAGCUUGUGUGAUUGAGCCUUUGGUGAAUACUGUUACAUAAUGAUGUCUGUAUGUGCGAGUUGGUACGUGCUAUGAAUGCAAAACAAGGUCCUUAUUGAGGCGCAGCGACUGAUGCUGCUCGUUAUGGAGUCUGAGUCCCCUGCUUUGGGCUGGCAAUGGUAUUGUGCUUGGUGAGCUGAUGUCAAUGCAGAGAUCUUUGUCAGUACGAAAUCACUGUUGUUGGUAAUUGCUGGUGUUGGGGUGGGUUUGUUGGUUCAAGUUGUUGCGGCAGCUCGAACUUGCGCUUGGUUGUUUGCCGGCAAAUGAAUUGACUGCAGGGAUAAUGCGGGCGCCUCGGAUGUUCCUCGAGUGUCUAGAGCUGAGUUCAACGUCCGUUUGGAACUGCAGCAGCACCCAUAACUGUCAUGUAUCAUUUCAAGGUAAUUUGAGAGUAGCAGGUGCUGCACGGGUAUGUAUAUGACAUGCGUUGAUUAUCAGGAACUUGUGUGUAUGUGGGUGUUUUUUUUGGGGGGUGGGAGGGGGUGCGUGGGUACAUACACACACGUGUCUGUGCAUGCUGUAAUCAGUUGGUAGGUAAGCUUGUUCCCACUGGAAUCAUGCUUUGCGCACUGGACCGUAUUUCUAUCAGACGGUUUACGAUCAGCCUCUUAAACCACCAGUAUUGGGUCCAGCUAUUGGCCGCGGAAAAAAAAUAGAGUAGAAAUGGAGUAGAAAUGUUUCUAGUUGGAUGAAUUUGAGCGCUCCUGUAGUAUCCUGUACGUUUGCUAAAAUUGUGGCGCGUUAACGGGCACGACUCUAGGAAGUACUGUACUGGUGGUUUAAGUUCUGUUCGAACUUCGAAGCCUGACAAAAUGGGUGCUUUUUUUUUUUUGUCACGGGGUAAUGAUUGAGGUGCUACUAUCCGUGCUUGACCUGUUGUUUGGCUUGUUGGUUGUGUGUUCCCUAGCCAAAUUGUGAGACUCCAUUUACGAGGGGAUGAAAGGUUUUAACAUUUAAUGGUAUGACUCUCUCUGUAGACCGCAUGUGGCACGUGGGAGAAACGUACGAGUGAUGGCAGGUCACCCACCCUUUUUUUUUUUGAAAGAGGGCUUCUGUUAAUCUGAUUGCAGCUGGACUUGAACUCGGGUUUGUAUUUCAUUGCCAGCUGGACGCGAACUUGGGUUUGUAUUUCAACAGUUCUUGGGCGCAACAGCUGAGCUAGGCCCGUUGGUAGAUGUAGCUUUUUGACAAAGCAGCCACAAGGAAGACUUUUUCGACUCACCUCUGGACGUGAUUGUGGUCAGAUUCGUCCAGGCACGGCUGUAAUUGUGGUCAGGUACAAUUAGAAAAG